AUGGAUUCGCUACGAUCUCGAAGAAAGGCAGCGCCUGCUUCGAUCAGUAUGGAGAAUCAUGAUCGGUUUUACCCUGCAAAGACAACAUUUGUUCACAACCGGCUUUCCAGGACCACAAACUUUGAUGACACAGAUUAUGAGGCUAGUGAUUCAGAUGAGGAAUCCCUACGGCAGAGCCUUCAGUCGCUUGGGUAUGAAAGCAAUACUACUCUUUCUUCACCGCCCUCAACACCCGACGAUGCUCCAAAGAAAAUGCAUAUCGCAGAUGAUAAUUCAAUGGUUGCAGGACCUAGUGGCCCGCAUCUCUUCAAAGAGCCUCUUAGUUCUCGGUCAUCAUCUAUGUAUGAAUCAUCAGCUUAUGAGCCUUCGAGCGAUGAACCCUUAACGGCAGAGAUACCGCUAUUUUUGCAGCAAUCUCCAUUGAUGUCCGGUAUCUCUCGAUCUGUGGAUACCCCAAACCAAUAUCCGUUCUCUCCGAACACUCCCUAUCGCUUUCCAUUCUCGCCCAAGACACCAAAGGCUUUUAAGAAUGUGCAACAUCCCGAUGUAUCUCAGGUAGAUGAAGAGGAGAUCCUCAGUUGGAAGCCAAGCAAGGUUGCACACUGGCUUUACAUCGCCAACUACAAGCCUUCCGUCAUCGAGAAUUUCAUUGCAAAUGACAUCGAUGGUGCUAUUCUUCUCAGUCUGCAGAUCAAUGACUUGAAAGAGCUGAACAUUCAAUCAUUUGGCAUUCGUCACCAGAUCAUGGCUUCAAUCAACCAUUUAAAGAACACCAUGUCUAAGGGCGGUGUCCUUCCUGAGCCUUCGCCGGCUUUUUCUGAAGAUGCGCUUUCUUAUCAAAGUGCCGGUUCAGACCACCCUUCUCUUCCAAAUCGUUCAUCUUCUCCGGAGUAUCGCCCUGCCCCAGAACAUCGUUCUUCUCCUGAGCACCGCUCUUCCUCAGAACAACGUUCUUACGUCAUGUCCGUGUCCCCCAACGGUGAAGUUCUUUCUCGGCAUCUCAAUGGCCAAAAUGGGUUUCAAGUAACUCCCGCGGAGUCUGUAUCAAUUGUUGGUAUUGAGCAAAUUCUACCUAAGCCGCACAGCUGCUCUAAGGGUGAGAACUGCUCAAAGUACCAACGGCGACAAAGAGAAAUUGAAAGGAUCGCUGCUGAAUUUCCAGGUGCUAUCAUUCAUGAUGGUGCAAUUAUUUCUGGUAGCCCUGGAAAUCCGGAAACAGCAAGAAAUAUGUUGCGGCCAAACUCCGACUCUCUACCAUCAGUGGUGGCCUCCUCUGCUGCGUUCGCUUACACUCCUGGUAUACGACUUUCGGAGGCAACGCUCAGUGAAGUGCAGAGAGUUGAUCCUCAAGAAACUAUUCGAAAUUUCCUCAACUAUCAGCAUGUUGACGGUACAUCUAAACCUGCGCCGCCUAACUUGGAUACUUCUAACCUAUUUCCUCCGAGGCCGUUCGAGGGGUUGUCGCCACCUAACGUGCACCCAAACACUAUUGCGGCACACCUUCGCAGUCUUCCCAAGUUGACUAUCCCAACUAGCCCUUUGACAGAAGACAUGACAACUGCCGUCACCACCAACCACUCAAUGAGCCCUGACAGAGAGUUGUAUGGGUCCCCAACAGCGGUGCAGCAGUAUGGCCCUUUCACUCAAGGCCGAAGCAUGGAUGUUUACCGCCAAGGAACUCCAUUCUCUGAGAUGGAUGCUCCUAUCACGGCUAUCCCAGCUCAAGACCCUGUUAUAAGAGAUACCUCUCAGUCAGUGCCCCCGGAUAUGCAGUAUGGAAACUUAUUCCAUCAAUACCGGAACCCAAUUCCACGUAGUGCUUCUGCUCGUCCCCGGCAUCCUCAGUCUCUCGGCCGGGUCCAGGAGGGUAAACCACUAACUCCAAUUGAGGGUCCCGCGGACUUGAUCCGCAGCCCCCGUGUUAACCAAAACGGCUACAGCUCUUCCAAAUCAUCGCUUGCAUCUGAUCCAGAUGUUACUCAAAGCGGAUAUAUGAAGAAGCGCAAGACUACUCGUCUGUUGCGUCACGAAUGGCAGGAUGCCCACUUCACGCUCCGUGGCACCAACCUUGCCAUGCACAAGGACGAAGCGGAUGCUCGCCACAUGUCCCGUGCAUUGGAUUCGUUUGACGUUGACGAUUAUGCCGUUGCUUGCUCGUCGCUGGCGACUAGCUCAAAGCUUACGGCUGCGUUCAAGAAAUCCGUUCUUCGCAGUGGCAAGGACCUGGGCAAUAGAAGUGACAACACUGCUUUCGCUUUCUCGCUCAUUCCUGCUCCCAAAGAAAACGAACGUAGGAAUUUGUUUUCCAAAGACGGUGCUAAGCCCCACCACUUUGCUGUUAAGUCUCGCGAAGAGCGGAUUGAUUGGAUGCGAGAACUCAUGCUCGCCAGGGCCCUCAAAAAGGGCAAAGAAAGUGGCGAAGAAAUUCUUCUUAACGGAAACAUGAUUUGA